CGUGCAAUACUUGCAAAGUAGAGAUUUCAUCAAAGGGAGGAAACACUACGAAUAUGCAAAAGCAUUUGCUCAAAAAACACACGAUUGCUUUAAAUGAAUGUCGUGUUUUUGAUCCGCUCCGGACUAGCGAAGCUCAACCCAGCAGCAGCGGUAGUGUUUGCACGUCCUCUCCCCUUAAUACUGCAGUACUGUGCGCUGCAUCUAGAUGACCAUGACGAGAGAGACAGAGUCUGGCUGGCUCAGAUGCUGGCAGUUCUCGCUGCAGUCUACGGGUGGCUUCUCCUUUCACAGAGGCAGGGAAAAGUAAAAUGACACAGGCCAGGAUAGACGAAUGUCACCAGUGACUGAGUUUGUUGUAAAAGGCUUACACCCAUUUGCCACAGUAGAUGCCCCCGAGUUUCGAGAAAUGAUAAAGACUCUGAACCCUAAGUACAAAGCCCCAAACACAGACAGUUUAACCAACCACUUGAUCCCUGCUUGGUAUGCAGUCGAAAAGGCAAAUCUGAUUUCUCAGCUGAAACAUGUGUUGAAGGCAGCCAUCACUGCAGAUGGAUGGACAAGUUUUAGUCAAGAUCAUUACCUCACAGUAACGCUGCAUUAUGUCAGGAAUGGCCAGACUCAUGAAAAAGUCCUCAAAACCAAACCAGUGUACCAGGCACAGACAGGGACAGCUGUAGCAGAGGAGACUGAUGAGAUCUUGGAGGAGUAUGGUAUCAAAGACAAGGUUGUGGCAGCUACUGUUGAUAAUGCAACCAACAUGGAUGUAGCUGUCAAAAAGCUGCAAAUUCUCAAGUUUCCAUGCUUUGCACACACCCUGAACCUUGGAGCCCAGAAGCUCUACAACUGUCCUGCCAUUUCCAACUGGGCGGCAAGAAUUCGCUCUGUGAUUGUAUGGAUGAAGAGGUCCCACAUGGCAAAAGUGGUCCUGAAGGAGAAGCAAGAGUUGCUCAAGCUGCCCAAGCAUAUGCUGCUCCUAGAUGUAAAGACCAGAUGGAACUCUUUGUAUUUGAUGAUGGAGAGAUUCUGCAAGCAGUUUCCUGCCAUCCAGGCUGCAGCCAUCGAUCCACGGAUAAGAAAGUCCAUGGAAAAGGAAAGACUGGCUAAAAUGGGCAAUUAUGUUUGUGGUACUCAUGCGGUAGCACUACACCUCCACACUACAGUGUCCAGUGACAAAAGUCCGACCUGUGGUGAGAUUUUGCCCAUCCUGCAAAAGCUACAGAAACACUACGCCGUACAAGAAGAUGACUCUGCCUUCACAAGGAGCAUAAAGGAGAACAUUUGGAAAGAUAUUUCCAAACGAUACCAGGACGCUGAUAUCAAGAGCUUCCUGGAGGAGGCCACCAUCUUGGACCCCCGAUUUAAAUCCAAAGUGGAUAAGGAUGAAGUCUGGCACAGGAUCAGGGAAGCAGCAAUUGCAGCAAAGACAGAGGCAGGAGCAGAUGAGCACCUGGAGCAAGGAGACACACAGGGAGAGACGUUCGAAGAUGAGGAUGAAGAAGACUAUUUAAGUUUACUUCAUUGUGAUGAUAAUUUAAAUGUCAUGGAUUGUUCAUUUUUUGCUUAAUUUUUUUAUCAUGUCCAUUUAAUUUCAGGCGCCACCAGUAAAGCAAAAAAAAAAAAAAAACGGCCUUGGAGGAAGUCUUUGAAGACGAGGACAACGAGCUGCAGUCAUUCCAACAAUGGCCCAGAGAGUGGAUCAGGAGAUCCAGCUGUAUAGAAGCCUAACCCCCAUCCCCUGCAAGGAUAACACCGCCCUAUGGUGGUGGAGCAAGAGAGAGACUCUGCCCCUGCUGUCAGCCCUGGCUGAAAGGUUUCUGUGUGUGCAGGCAUCCUCCACCCCGUCUGAGAGGGUGUUCUCCACAGCUGGAGAGACCAUAAGUCCAGAAAGAUCAUGUAUCCUUCCUGAAGAAGCAGAUAUGCUUAUAUUUCUGCAAAAGAAUUUGUAAUUCUCCAUAGUUGAUGGAUGCAGAAUUGCACAGUGCACAGUUCCAUUGGACUUGAGUUGAUUGUAUUUUUUGCUGGCUGAUAUAGUUUUAUUUUUGAGUGCCCAGCUCAUAUAUACUUUUAAAAAGUAGAGUGUAAAUGUUACUGGACAUUCUUGUGUAAUUGCCACUGAAUAAUUUAUGUUAUACUUUGUUAUUGCUACAAAAGAAUAUUUAUUUUAUUAUUAUUUUACAUUUACAUUUUUGUUUUUCUGGGGUCCUCGUGGCACCCCAUCGAGGAGCAGGGGAGCAGUAGGCUGUGGAUCUCUUAAGAUCUCACUGUUGGGUUUGUAAGGUCAUGCUACUCCUACAUUACUGUCUUAUUCAAAGAUAAGAUAUAAAACAAAGU